CGGUAGUGAUCCAGAGAGAUAGGGAGUACGCCUUCGUGUUGCACGAAGAAAAGACUACCCAAAUCUCCAAGGCAACGACAACAAUCGGUCUGCCGUCGUGUUUUCUGCUGAACGGUUCAGAGUCGAAGUGCUUACUUACCGCAUCGUGUAUUUUAGGGGUUUUUUUAGUUUGUUUUUUUUACCUUCCAUCUUGGAGUGUAUCUGGUUAACAAAUGUCGAGUUUAUGCGAGUGUUUUAUCAGGCUAGCGUAGCAGCAGCGAACCAGAAGCCUGCGGUUUGUGAAUGUUUUGCUAAAUAAAUGGCAGAGUGCUGGAACACAGACACCGGGGAUGCUGUUUAUCGCUCCCGGGAUGCCGUCAAGAACCUAAGGAUAAAAGUCCGUAUACAGAGGGUGACCUCCACCGCUGCCAUUUCUCAGCACCUCCAGCAACAGGUUCUGGCCCAGAAAGGCCGGGAGGGCAUUGAGCUGGAGACCCUCACGUCACACGGCCAGACAGGCGAUAACGAAGAGGAGGUGGUGGUUGGCUGGCAGGAGAAACUCUUCAGUCAGUACGAAGUGGAGCUGUUUCAGAACGAGGCAGCCUGUCAGACCCCUCUGGACCGCCAGUACCACACAGAAAUCAGGGCCCUCAACAAGGCCAAAGGCCGACGCAAUCACAGGAUUUUCACGUACACCGAUCAUGACCGCUACACCAACUGUCUCCCGCUCCACCAGCUGCAGCAGAAUGAUUUGGUGUCCAUGACCAAAUCGAAGCCCACCUUCCUGGCUGAGAGGAUGGCCAGCGUCAGACACAGACGGCAAGAGAGGCGCACCAUCGAUAGUAGCAUCCCUAAGUCAAGAAUCAUCAACUGGGAUCCCACAGAGGAGUUUGUGAAGAGCAGCCGUGUGGUGAACAAUGCCAUGCAGACCAUGCACAUCAUGGGUGACUUGGGCCCACCUGGAAAGUUGGGCCAGAAAGAGAACGAGUGUUUGCUGGCAACCAUAAAAACCGACGGCAAUGGAACCAUCAUUGUUAAACCCGACUUCAACAAAGGCAGAGAGCCCUACAGGAUUGUGACGGAGGGGGAGAAGAGAGAAGUGUGGCGUCUAACUUUGGAGAACGUGUCCAUGGUGAUGAAACCAGAGGAACGAGACCGGGAGCAGAACAUGUACAGAGAUCUGUACGGCAGACACAAGGAGUACCUCAACAGCCUUGUAGGGCAAGACUUUGAAAUGCCCCCUGUCGGUAUUCUACGUUACCUUCUGCAUGGAGAGAUAGUGUCAGCUAAAGGUUUUGAAUAUGAUAACCUAUACAUCAACUUUUUCAUGGAGCUGCCCAAUAACUGGUCCAGCUUGCCGUUCCAGCCUUUGUCGGGGGUUACCCACACCUGCAGGACCAAAUCAUUGGGGAAGGAGAACGUAGCCUUCUUCGGCUAUCCUUUCAGCUUUGAGGCGUUCUACAUGAGCGAGAAAGAGAGCGAAGAAUUAAUUCCCCAGUGGCCAGUGAUUUACUUUAAAGUCCUGUCCCUCGACGCAUGGCAGCGUUACCGAACUGAAGGCUACGGCUAUCUACUUUUUCCCGCCAUGCCUGGAAAGCACUUGGUGACGUGCCACACGUGGAGACCUGUUCAGACGGGGACAGUCUCUGCUUUGAGGCGCUUCUUUAUCGGAGGUUCUGCAGAACUUGAAGACAGCAGCUACGUCAGAAUACCAGGGACGUUCAAGGGAGAGAGGCUGAGCCGCUUUGGCUUUUGCACUGAAACCACAGGAAGUGUUACCUUUAGUCUGCACUGCAUCCAACAAGCCAGGGCAUUUGUUGAUGCUGCACAUCUGAAGAAGCGGAGACAGAAAGCGGUCGACCAGCUCGGAGGUUUCAGCCAGCAAGGAACAGUCUGCAGCAUUCUGGAGGCCUACCAGAGGGCUCAUAAAAGGCUUCAAGAGGCCAGAGAAAGUCUUCCAAGAGAUGUCCUUAACUCUUCUGCCCAACUCCAGAUGGAGUCUUCUGCAUAGGAGUCAGAAUUAAGCAGAAUGCAUCACCACUGUGAUAAUUACUUAUAAUGAUUAGUGCACUUCUAUUGCACUAAAGCACAACAUGAUGUUUUUCACAGCUCAUAUAGAGACAGAAAUGUGGGCGCCAGGAUUGGUUAAAAGUUUGGUAAACUAAAGGAAUGUCAAGUUGCUUGCAUUCCUUAUUUUCCCUUUGGUAUUAAGUUAUUUCACAUGUAAUGUUAGUCUUUGAUCAAAAAGGGCUUAUUUUUUAAGACAAAUUGUACUUUCUUUUUUUUUUUACUUUAUUUACUUUUUGUACUCAAUUUUUAUUCAAUGUGUACAAUUAUGGGUCUUUUAUUUGUGUGAAAUAAACAGGUAACAGCAGCA